CAGGCGUUUGGAAGUGCACCAUAACGAGGUUUGUCUUAGCAAGAAAUUUGUACAACGAAUCAAAGAAUCGAAAAAAAAGGUUCCUUCGGCGUCAGAAAGAAGUGUCUGUAUUUGUUCAUAAAGAUAUGUUUAACCAGCUUUAGUAUGGCGAUAUUGAUGUUUAUCAUGUACUGCAUCUCACUUGAUGGAAUUCAAAACGACUCCUUCGUAAUGCCUGCCUUUAUUCCAGCCGAUAAUACGAAAGAACUUUCAUUCCUCUGCGACGAAACCUUCAACAGAUCAUUAGAAGAUAAUUUAAAUGUCAUACAGAACUAUCCAAGUGGAAUAGCAGACGACUAUCUGUGGAAGAUCGGCGUCAACAUGACCGAGCCAUUUCGAAUGAAAAAGUUUCCAGUUUUCGCGACCGCAAUUGACAGGAGGUACUAUCCACAGUCUCAGGGUCUAUUUUUAUCACUUCACAAGAGGUUUAUGAAAAAUCCCAAGUAUGGAAAAGACGUGCAAAUUAUUGUUUAUGAUCUAGGUAUGACGGCAAGGCAGCUACGAGUUGUUAUGAAACACUGCAGGUGUCAGGUUAGACGGUUCCCGUUUGAGCAAUUCCCGCCACAUGUGAAAGAAUUACAUACAUACGCAUUCAAGCCUAUUAUUGUUCAGCAAUUACUGAUGGAAUUUGGUUUCGUGUGGUGGAUGGAUAGUUCCGUACGGUUUACGACCAACAAUAUCGAUUCUGCUAUAAUGUAUGCAAAGGAUUACAGCAUGUUAUACACGGUCUCCACCUCUGACAGAGAAAAACUCAGUUUAACCAAACAGACGGACAAAAGAACAUUUAAAUACUUAGGUGAAGACCGCUGCAAAUUUAGACCAUUCGGAGAAACUUGGGCUACAACGGUAAUGUUUCACUACGACCGGAUGUCACGUGCGGUCGUUCAGGCGUGGGUGACAUGCUCAUUGAACACAGAUUGCAUUGCGCCUACCGGAAGUUUACAGAAACUAAUUUGUCAUAUGAAUCUUACAUUUGAUGGGCGGUGCCAUAGAUUUGACCAGUCAGUGCUAAGUAUUAUUACAAGAAGAUUAUUUCACGAGCAAAAUGUUUAUCCGUUAGACAAACACUUAAAUGAUAUUUAUGUGAUAAAACGGGGUGAUAUAGUAUCCUAUUUUGAAUCAUGCCGACCAAUUAUUAAAUGCAUUUUAUAAAUGGAAACAUGUUAUUUAUGAUUAAAAU